AUUACCCCAACAAUCUUUGCAUUAUAUAUAAUCAUUCUCAUACAAAUUGACCCAAUUCAUUGUAUCUGAAAGUAGAUUAAAACCCCCCCUUUUACGCAGACAGAUGAUGGUGGAGUUCCAUGGAGAAAUCCCAGAAGACUCUCACGAUGGAGACGAAGAACAGGAAGAGGAAAUUAGCUACGAUGAUCUUAAGAAACGAAUGUGGAAAGACAGACAGAGGUUGAAGAAGAUGAAGGAGAAUCGUGAUCAUGAAGAGUUUGAAUGGGCGGCCAGAGAAGAAGCUUCUCGCCGGAAGAAAAUGUCCAGAGCUCAAGAUUCGAUUCUCAAGUACAUGGAUAAGAUAAUGGAGUCUUGUAAGGCACAAGGGUUUGUUUAUGGGAUCGUGCCGGAAAAGGGUAAACCGAUCACCGGCUCUUCCGAGAGCCUCCGUGAGUGGUGGCAGGACAAGGUUCGGUUCGAACAGGAUGCUCCACUGAACAUCGCGAAUUUCCUUCCGAGAGUGAUCGAAGAAGCGGGGCUCGAUCCCAAAUCGUUUCUGCACCUACUCCAAGAAUUGCAGGACACGACUUUAGGGUCGAUUCUGUCGGCUCUGAUGCAGCACUGUAUUCCGCCGCAGAGGAAAUUCCCGUUGGACAAGGGUCUGGCGCCGCCGUGGUGGCCGACGGGGAAGGAGCUUUGGUGGGGCGAACAAGGCGUCGCCGGUGGGCAGGGCGUUCCACCAUAUAAAAAGCCUCAUGAUCUCAAGAAGUCCUGGAAAAUCAGUGUCCUUGCGGCGGUGAUUAAACACAUGUCUCUUGAUCUGGACAACAUGAGGAAAUUGGUUCGACAAUCGAAGAAUUUACAGGCGAAAAUGACGGCGAAAGAGACGAUUACUUGGACUAAAGUCGUGAAUCAAGAAGAAGCUCUCUUGCAAUUGACCAAAAACAGCCUCAAAAUAACAUCCGACGAAGAAGAUCAAGAACAACACGACCAAAACAGAGGACACGAAAACAGGGCAGAACAAGGCACCGGCGGGAUUAUUACGAAACGGAAGUGCGAAUUCGAACGAGAAGCCACAGCUAAUUCAGCGGUGUAUGCUUGCCAGAACGAAUGGUGCCCACAGAGCGAGGCGCCAAAGGGGUUCGCCGACAAGAACACGAGAACAGAGCACGAGACGCAGUGCGUUUACAGAGCCGACGGCAUGGGUCAAUUUUCUAACGAGCAGUCGAUCGACACGCAUUUGAUGAGCGUGGUGGAGUGGAUGAACUGGGAGCUGUCGAGGGCAGAGCCGAGCAGCAGCGAGUCGAGGAUCGACGACGGCGGAUAUGGGUCGGGUAGCAGCACAGUGGAUGGCAGUGGGUAUUGGAAGGGCAGCAUCGGAGAGGUAGGGGUGGAUGGGUCGGGUAGCAGCACGGUGGAGGAUUAUGGCAGUGGGUAUUGGAAGGGCGGGAUUGGAGAGGCAACGGUGGAUGGGUCGGGUAGCAGCACGGUGGAUGAUUAUGGGAGUGGGUUUUGGAAGGGCGGCAUCGGAGAGGCAGCAGUGGACGAGGCGUUUGAGAUGCAUAGAGAGAGUAUGGAUUUGAAUGCGAGUCCGGCGGACGAUUUGCAAUGCCAACAAGAUGCAACUUCGAUUUGGGAUUUGAGAUAUGAAUGGAGUGAAGAAUAAAAGAAUUAGGGUUGAAUUUUGACAGAUUUUGAGUGCCUGAAUAAUUGGGCUGUCUUUUUGUCUUGGUCUCAAUUCAGCCCUAUAAACAAGUCUUGAAUGCUUAUGCCUAAAAUUAUUUCAAUUAAUUUGUAGGAGUUCAUCAAAGAUUCAGAUAAUUUGUUUCCAGCA